AUGAUUGCCUUUUUUCGGACAUACAAUUUAAUACAGAAAAACACAGGAUGUCCGAGUAUAAUAACAUUAUCCGUUUUGAUUUUUCCUUCAUCGAUACAAAAAGGAAAUGUGUUUCCAAAAAUUAUUAUCUUUUUUUCAAGACGCACAAAGGUUCCAAUACGAAUACCAAUAACAGUAUAUAUAUUUCAAACUAUAAAGAAAAUGCAGAAGCGUGGGGAUCGUUGGAGAAAAAUGGCCGAAAUCGUGUGUUCCAUAUGUUUGGUUGACAAAGCCGAGGAUAUUGUACUAGAUUUAUUUAUGAUCAAGGUUCUUCAAGCUGAAAAUAUUUCUUGAAGCCCAAUAAUCAAUCAGAAGACCAUGGGGAUUAAAGAAAAGAGCUAUAACCAUAUGUUUCUACUUCAAAUAGAAAGAGCCGAAUCGAUAUGCUUAAUAUUGUUUUACUUGAAUUCCUUAUAGUGAAAUAUGCUGCUUUUGUUAGCUGCGUAUCAAAAUACAAAUCGAUGUAAAUCAGAA